AUGUCGAGUACACGGGAAAGAUCCCGAGUCCGGAUUCGUUCUCUGCUAGGCAAACUGUUCAACUCAGGCUCUCAUUCCACGAUAGAAUCUGAUUCCAUAUCUGAAAUCGGGGCUCCUUACGAUGCGAUGCACAAUGUUCACGUUGGGUACGAUGGUCACACAUUCACAGGGCUACCACAGACCUGGAUGGAGAUACUACGCCGAGACCUCAGGUAAGGAAUUCUGAAUUUGAGAGAUUCUGUGUUUAGUGAAGCCGAACAGAAAAAGAAUCCUGACGCCGCCAUGAGGGCCAUCAAGUUCUACGCUUCGGCCAUGAAGGACAACAGGAUCGACAAGUUCAUGAUGAGGAAGUCGGUGUACUCAUCGGACGACGAUAAGGAGCUGGAUGUAUCUAAAAUGAAGCUGGAUGAGGGUAUGACUUAUCGUAAUAUUACUUUACUAAACUUACAGUUAAAGCAAUCACAGCUCAAAAGCCAUGUUAUUGUUUCAUAUCUUAUAGCUAUCAAGUCAGUGUAAAAAUUGUACAAAAUAUAAGUUUCAGACAGAAGUGCGACUCCAGAAUCCAGCAAAGAAUACAGCUCUGUUCCCACUCCACCUCCACGAUCUCUACCCCGAACUCAACUGGAUGUACCUCCAGUACCAAUCCCUCGUACCACUUCGAUGGAGAAGAACCACGAAAGUACCAGUCCUAAGGUCCCACCUCCACUACCUCCGAAACCUACUGUAAGUUGUUUUAACAUAUUGCUUAAGGUUUAGUCAAAAUCAAAAUAAUAGUUUUUAGUUUUACUAGCUAAAUUACUGUACUUUCAGUAAAAGUGCAAAAAAGUUUAAAGAGAAGUUUGUUCGCUUUUUUAAAAGUUGUAAUGGGGUUUUGAAUGGUACGAUUCGAGUUGUAAUACCUUUCUGGUUUAAUAAUGGUUACAAGAAUUAGUAGUUUUUAAUUUUACAAAAAUUUCCAGUAACGUACUCAUGGCAAAGAUAACAUAACUUUUAAUAACGCGGACGAGCCUUUCUUAGUUUGAUGGGUAAUUGUAAUUAGUAAGCGGUUUCUUUAAACUGGUAGGAAUAGGGUUUGGAACGGAACGCUUAAUGUGAGUGGAAUUUGAUCAGGUAGACCUUGUUUAUGGUCUGUGGCAGGAGGAGUUGUUCUCUUUAUUAGGCUAGGGUAAUAUUAUUUAUAAAGAUAUUAUUGUUGUAUUUUAAUUGUUUUGGAGUAUAUAUUAUUAUUCAAUGUUAUUCUUGGACUACCUUGCCUUUAACUAUGCUAUCAAAGUCAGUCUUCCUUAACUUCCUUUCUCUUAACUUAUCUCUCGACGACCUCAACUUGUGAAUCCUCGUCGAUUAAGCGGGUUCUUUGAUGUUUUAUGCAAAUUCGUUGGAACCGACGGGGCGGAGGCAACUCUAAUUUGUCGCGAGUCUCGAAGGAACGUGAUCGCUGGUUGUUGGAGCGGCGACUAAUCUGGUUAGCUGGACUGGAUCCCUGCCGUUCUUCCGGAAGAAUCCCUUUCGUUUGCUUAAGCUCCCCCACUUAACGUCACUAAUUAGAGCGUCGAUUACGUCUACUACAACAUGUUGUUGUUUUUACUUUCGCUUAAACCAGUCCCGCACAGUAAGGGCGACACCGCCGGACGUGGUUUGCGCUUUUACUGCGCUACUCUUACUCUCUCUUUUUGUAACAUGGUCGUAUGUGGAGUACCUCUUUUGUAUUAUAUUGUAGAUGGGAUGUCUGCCUUAUGGUUCGAGUUUUUGAAAUUUUUUUGAAAUUCACUUAUAUUGUAUACCUUUUACUCUGUGGAAUUCUUACAACGCCAACUUACUUGAUUGAUAAGAGCUUACAGUCACUCUCCCUUUCACUUCGUCUGCUGAUAGCGUGAACAAUAUAUUCAUAAAAAGAAGACAUUUCGAGGUUUUGGGGAGAGUUCAAAAAGAAAUGUCAUUCUUUAAUGAGCUGCGAAUCUCUGCGUUGUCGUCGUAUCUCACCUUUUCCGUAAACGCGAACACUUUAAUUAUCAUGCCCUCAGGUGUUUAUUCAUACCAGUUUCAGGCUGGGUUAAUUAGUUUCCCGACACUCCAGGGUUCUGUAACAUUCUCGGGAAGUUGGGCGAGAAGUGUACCGUGAGUUGUUGUCGAGCUGUUACUCUGGUAUUUGCGAAGAUUGUGGUCUUUGAGAAAGAGUUACCGCGAUUUUAUUGAGGUUCGUACCGUGACUUUUGGUGGGAAAGUACUGUAACUUUGCUGAAGGAGCUUACUGUAACGUUCCUUCACGUCUCUCGCAGUUUUUACUACGUUUUGAAUGUCUACGUUCGAAGCACGGUAAGAUAGUUGUUCAAGAAACCUUCUACAAGACGGCCGUCCGUAGCGUGAUUCUAUACCGUGUUUUGUGAAGCCAAAACUGUCAAGACGUUGGAUCUUGUGAAUCGACGUGACGGCCGCGGAUCUCGGAUCUGCGGCUUUGAAUCCGACAAGAUUUUUGACUCCACGCUGCCACCGUUCCGAGUUAGCGUUCAGUCACCGUUCGCCGCAUAUAUCGAGCACAUUACUUGGGUGAGAGUGCAUCAGGGGUUGAAUGAGUCAUUUGUUUGCAAUUAGAAGGACUAACUUGAACUUUAAAGGUUCACAAUAUUUCAUUAAACUUAUUUAGGACUUUAGAGAUUACCUAAUUUGCACUUUUAGAAAAAUUAUUGUUUCAAAAUUUUAAAUUUAGCCUAAAUUUAUAUAAAUUUAUUUUAUUUUAGAUUAAUUUAAUGUAUAAUACUAUUGUUUCUGAUUUCAGCACCUUAAGAACUCAAAUGCCUCCGGUUCUCAGUCUUCGUCGACUCGAACGUUGGGGCGAAACGAGCACAGUCUCGGCUCCACGGCUUCGUCGAAGCAUUCCAGCGACGAAGAACUAUCGAAACCCGUAAGUAAUCUAAUUAACUUAACACAUUUGACGCUGUAAACUGCUUAAUGUCUGAUUUGCAUAUUGUAACUUUAGUUUUUACCGAAUUUCGGUCGAAAAGUAAACGGAAAAAUACAAAAUUAUAAUAUGAUAUCAUGAUAGCUAUAGAGGGAAACAGUUUGGGGAAGAAGGAGAGACUUGACACAAACGAUUUUAAUUUAUUUUUGUGAACAUAACUUUACAAAGAUUACUUUGCUAUAAUGUUGCUCGUAGAUUGAUAAGAUGGCUAUUUAUAGAUCGACGAACCUCAGAAGUCGGAGAAUCACGAAUACAAGGCACCUUCGUUAGGAAAACCGGCUCCAGAAGCGCCUGUACGAAGGAGAACGGCGAAUGUGGAGACGGAAGAGAAGACAGAAGAUGUCAGACACAGACAUGGACAUAAGCUGACUGACCAACAAGUAAGUUUAUUAUCUUGGACGGAUUUAUUACUUAUUCUUGUGGGAAUCGACUGACAAUAAGCUCGUACUUUAUAUUCUAGGUUGUAACUUUAAUAUUGGCGAAAUCUUUUAUUCUGAAGUUCAUACGACUAUGUAUUUAUGUCUUUUAUGUAAAAAUUACUAGUUAGAUUUAAAUUUGGCUAGAAAUGAUGUUUUUCUAUAGAUUUUUUGAUUGAACUUCAAUAUUGUAGUAGCCUUCUUUCGCUGUUCUGAAGUAGUUUCAAAGCCUCUGACAAUGUUUUUCCGUUAAUCGAAAUCCCGAGAAUUUAUUUUGCACGCAUUUCGGGAUUUUUGGUUUUUCUGGAGAUUUUGCAAGAAUCCGCUAACGACGAUGAUCCAUCAACGUCAAGCAUCGAUGGUUGUUUCGAAGUGAUAUUGUUUUAGUUACGUCAUCCAAGCUUAUUUAUAUCAGAAAAAGUUGUGAUAGCAAUUUGGAAUUCACUACUUUAGUGUUUUAGCUUUUUUAUCACGGAAAUUCGGUCAAGAAGUAUUUAGAACUUCAGUAUUAGGGCUGAACUUUGAACAUAAUGAAGGUCAAGACAUGUUCCACUCAAUUCUUGACCCAAAUACUUAAAUAAAAGCUUAGAUCACAUACAAGAAUGUGUAAAAACAAUAUUACAAGGCAAAUCAUAUAACUUUAAAUAUUUUAGGUAUUGGAUGAGCUUCGGAGGAUCGUAUCUCCUGGAGAUCCUUAUGCCAAGUACAAGUUGUCCGAGAAGAUUGGUGCUGGUGCCACAGGUUCUGUUUGGACAGCACACAACUUGGUGACACAUCAGAUCGUUGCUGUGAAAAGAAUGGCGUUCAGGAGUCAGCCCAAGAAGGAGAUGCUUCUGACUGAGAUCAAGGUCAUGCAGCACUACAAACACAAGGUAGAGUAACAUUACGUACUUUCAGAUGGUACUGUCAUGGACAACAUUUAUUAACUUUGGUAAAGUACUAAGUUUCUCUAGUACUACCAUUUACUCUAUGGUAUUACUAGUACUGUUUUAAUCUACCGUAUCAUUUCAGAAUCUUGUGAACUACAUCGACAGCUACUUGAUCGGCGACGAUGACCUCUGGGUAGUGAUGGACUAUUUAGAAGGGGGGAAUCUGACAGAUGUGGUCACUCGUACUGAAUUGGACGAAGGUCAAAUGGCGGCUGUCAUUAAGGAAUGUCUGCUGGCUCUGAACUUCCUCCACAAGAACAGUAUCAUACACAGGGACAUCAAGAGCGACAACGUGCUACUGGGCAUGGACGGUGCUGUGAAGCUGACAGAUUUUGGGUUCUGUGCUCAGCUACAGCCUGGGGCUAACCGGUAAGAACUUUCUUUCCAGUAUUAAGGCAGGUAUACAGUAUCUGAGCAUAUGUGUAUACUAAGGUGUAACUGGUAGUUCUACAUUGAGUAUGUUAUGUACAUAUAAGUCUUUUUAUCUACGUCCAAUGUUUUUUACAGUACUUAUAAUUUUAGAAUUACUGUAAUUGGUACCCCCUACUGGAUGGCCCCAGAGAUAGUAAACAAAACAAAAUACAACUUCAAGGUUGACAUCUGGUCAUUAGGUAUCAUGUGCCUGGAGAUGAUCGAUGGGGAACCGCCCUACCUACAUGAGACACAGCUAAAGGUAUGUUGUUGUAAAGUCGAUGACUCAAGGGCUUCUGUUUGAAGUAAAUACAUUGAUAUAGGCUUGAAAAAGACAUAAAUUAUCAAAAUUAUCAAUUUUGACAUUUUUAAAUGUUUUACAGUAUCCUUACAGUACUGUUUCACCAUAUGCCAAUAGUAGAGUACUUAGGUAUAAAAUCAAAGUAAAUUUACAUUAUUAUACCAUUUUAGGCCAUUUGGUUGAUAGCCCAAAACGGAAAGCCGGAGAUCAAGAAGAAGGACGAAUUAUCGACCGAAUUCCUCAGUUUUAUCGACCGAUGUCUGGAUGUGGACCCGACCGGUCGAGCGGAUACAGAAGAACUCUUGGAGCACCCCUUCCUUCGAAAAGCGAAGCCCUUAAGCGCUCUCAUCUCUUACAUUAAGGCGGUCAAAGACUUGAGGAGUCAACAGUAG